UUGCGCAUUAUUUUCAAAUUGAACGGACAAGCGGAGACGCUGCGCCCAAGUUUCUCAUCGGAAUUAGUGCGAAAAAUAGUUAACUCGACUAUUCCUUUUGUAAAUAGUAGAAACACACACACGACUACACAUACAAGUGCAAACGCCUGGCGUCAUAUUUUGGACUGUACGCGGUAAAACAUAAAUUAAUUAAUUUAAUUGAUAACAAUGGACAUAUCUGCUGGGAAUACGUCGCGCCAGCCGCAAAAGAAAUCCAACCAAAACAUCCAGGUGUAUGUGCGCGUCAGGCCACUCAAUUCCCGGGAACGAUGCAUUCGAUCCGCCGAAGUCGUGGAUGUGGUGCCGCCAAGGGAAAUAGUCACGCGUCAUACGCUAGACUCCAAGCUCACCAAGAAGUUCACCUUCGACCGCAGCUUUGGCCCCGAAUCCAAGCAGUGCGAUGUCUACUCCGUCGUGGUGUCUCCGCUGAUCGAAGAGGUUCUAAAUGGCUAUAACUGCACUGUUUUUGCCUAUGGGCAAACGGGAACGGGCAAAACGCACACCAUGGUCGGCAACGAGACCGCUGAACUGAAAUCCUCCUGGGAAGAUGACUCUGAUAUUGGCAUAAUACCGCGGGCAGUGAGUCACCUUUUCGACGAGCUCCGCUUGAUGGAGGUGGAGUACACCAUGCGCAUUUCCUACUUGGAGCUGUACAAUGAAGAGCUUUGCGAUCUGCUGUCCACUGACGAUACCACAAAGAUACGCAUUUUCGAUGACAGCGCCAAGAAAGGGUCGGUUAUUAUCCAGGGACUGGAGGAGAUACCAGUGCACGGCAAGGAUGAUGUGUACAAGCUGUUGGAGAAGGGUAAAGAGCGCCGCAAGACGGCCACGACAUUGAUGAAUGCCCAAUCCUCUCGAUCGCACACAGUAUUCUCUAUAGUGGUGCACAUCAGAGAGAACGGAAUCGAAGGAGAAGAUAUGCUGAAGAUCGGUAAGCUAAAUCUGGUAGAUUUGGCUGGCAGUGAGAACGUUUCCAAGGCGGGCAACGAAAAGGGAAUACGUGUGCGGGAGACAGUAAACAUUAAUCAGAGUCUUUUGACUCUGGGACGAGUUAUAACCGCUUUGGUAGACCGCGCUCCUCAUGUUCCCUAUCGCGAGUCAAAGCUUACUAGGCUGCUCCAAGAAUCUUUGGGUGGCAGGACUAAGACUUCCAUCAUAGCCACUAUAUCACCGGGUCACAAAGACAUCGAGGAGACCCUCAGCACUUUAGAAUACGCCCAUAGGGCCAAAAACAUUCAAAAUAAACCAGAAGUCAAUCAGAAACUGACCAAGAAGACGGUACUCAAGGAAUACACCGAGGAAAUAGAUAAGCUCAAAAGGGAUCUUAUGGCAGCUAGGGACAAGAAUGGAAUAUACUUGGCCGAGGAAACCUACGGCGAGAUUACCUUGAAGUUAGAUUCCCAGAACCGCGAACUGAACGAGAAGAUGCUGCUCCUGAAGGCUUUGAAAGAUGAACUUCAGAAUAAAGAAAAGAUUUUCAGCGAGGUGAGCAUGAGCCUUGUGGAGAAAACUCAGGAGCUAAAAAAGACUGAGGAAAACCUGAUGAACACGAAGGGUACGUUGCUUCUGACCAAAAAAGUUCUGACAAAGACCAAGAGGCGCUACAAGGAGAAAAAGGAGUUGGUGGCCUCACACGUCAAGACCGAGCAGGUGCUGACAACGCAAGCGCAGGAAAUUUUGGCCGCUGCUGAUCUCGCUACCGACGACACCCAUCAGCUUCAUGGGACUAUCGAAAGAAGGCGUGAUGUCGACGACAAGAUUCGCAGAUCCUGUGAUCAGUUUAAAGAUCGCAUGCAAGACAACUUGGAGAUGAUCGGUGGCAGCUUAAAUUUGUAUCUGGAUCAGCAGACAGCCUCUAAGGAGCACCUGAGUCAGGAGAUUGCCAACUCCAACAAUGUGAGCCAGCGCCUCUCAACCAGUGUCAGCAAGAGCAUUGAAAUGUUGAAGAAGAUUUGUACCCAAUCUUUAGAAGAUCAGGUGCAGGUCCAGAACAAGUUUAUGGCAGAAAUCUUGAAAAUCAGUGAUCAGCACUCCCAGAAAUUUGUUGCCCAGUUAAUGGAGCAGUUACAGCAGCGACAGCUUCUGAUGAGCACGGAAAUUCAAUCAAACCUACUGGAGAUGGAGGAAAACAACCAGCGACACAAAACCAUGCUGGACUCCAUGCAAGAGAAGUUCUCGAAAAUCAUCGAUAGCAGUUCGCAGUCUUUGGAGACACACGUGAAACAAGUGCACCAACAGUUGGAGCAGCUCAGUGGAAUGAGUUUACCAGAUGCGGAGGAACUACAGCAGCUCCAAGAGGAACUGGCCAACGAACGAGCUUUGGCACAGCAAGAAGAAUCUCUUCUCGAGUCGAUGAUGAUGCAAAUGGAUCAGAUCAAGAACUUGCGAGCCAAAAACAAUGUAAGCAUGUGUACUCGCCUCAACAAGAUGGAGGAAAGCCGGCUGACUAGGAAUCAGCGGAUCGAUGACACUAGAACCGGUAUACAAGAGUACCAGAAAUUGGGCUUUGAAGCUUCUCAAGCCGCACAAGCAGAGCUUAGCAGUCAAAUGGAGACGGGAAUGCUCUGUCUAGAUCAAAGUGUUGCCAACUGCUCCAUGCUCAAGGUGCAUAUGACAAAUCUCAACCAGGGAGACACGAAGCAAACGGAAGGUAAUGUUGGUUCAAGUCGCCUGCACCAUCAGCAGGUGGAAUUCAUCUGUCUAGAGAGUAAAAAUCAGAUGGAAGCGCUGCAAGAGAAAAACAAUGCUAAUCUGGAUCAGAUUGUGGACGAGAGACAGCAGAUCAUUACUGAGGACAGGCAGCGUUUUAUUGGGCAUUCCACUGUAGCCACAGAUCUUGUGCAGGUAUUAACACGGCAAACCACCGAGCAUGCCGCACUCCAACGGCAGCAACUGCAGAUUUGUGAGCAGGAGCUUGUUCGCUUCCAACAGACCGAGUUAAAGACAUAUGCACCGACUGGGACCACUCCCUCCAAAAGGGACUUUGUUUAUCCACGCACCCUGGUGGCCACGUCGCCGCAUCAGGAGAUUGUAAGGCGCUAUCGGCAGGAACAGGACUGGUCGGACCUGGACACCACAGCCACUAUAGAUGAGUGCAGCGAGGGUGAAAAUGAGGACUCCCUGCAUUCCGUCCAGGAGUUAUCUGAAACCGAAACUAUAAUGAAUUCAACGCCAAUUGAUCCCGUGGAUGGUGUUAAUAUGAAGCGUGGUUGCGGCACUACUCGAAACUCCAAUUCGAAUGCUCUUAAACCUCCGGUUGCCUCUGGUGGCAAACGCAGUAGCUCCCUGUCCCGCUCCCUUACCCCAAGAAAAUCGUCUCCUCGAGGUUCUCCCGCCUUCGACAGGCACAACAAAGAAAACGUGGCCUGAUCGCGUCUGAUGACAAUAGUACUCUACCCUGUAACGCGUUGACGUUAGUGGAAUUCGAAUCGUUUUGUUUGCUUGGCUCUUCUGGAUAUUCUUUUUAGUCUGUAUAUCAAUCUUGGAAUUUCGUACAUUUAUUAUUUAAAUAAACUUAGUAUGUAAAGUUAA